AUGGAAGAAGCGCCGCCCGCUGAGCCUGCUGAGGAGCCGGCGCCGGCGGCCGACGAGCCGGCGCCGGCGGCGGCCGAGCCGGAGCCGGAGGCGGCGGCGGAGGAGGAGGAGACCGAGGAGUCAAAGAAGCGGUCGCUCCACGCCGCCAUCUUUGGCGACGACUCCGACUCGGACGGCGACGACAACCUGCCGUCGCUCGCGCACCCCGAAAGCGAGAAGGUGAAGCGCGUGCUGGGCAAGGGCAAGGCGUCGUCCAAGAAGGACAAGGGCAAGCCGGACGGCGCGCCGCGCAAGCGGCUCAAGAAGGCGGACGAGGGGUCCAGCAGCGCCGCCGACGCCGCGGCGGCCGCCGGCGAGGCUGACGAGGGCGCGCAGGGCGUGGUGGACGGCGGGUUCGCCGAGGAGGGCGUGGAGGGGGCGGCGGCGCCGGACAGCGACGACGACGACAGCGAGAGCGACGGGCCGGGCGGCGUAGUCGCCCUGCUGCCCGAGGUCGUCACGAUGCUCAACAAGAGGCACAUGCAGGAGGAGGUGCUCAUCGACCAGGGCAUGCUUACCACGCUGGCCAUGUGGCUCAAGCCGAUCCCAGGAGAGGAGAGAGGGGGGAGAGACGGAUCCCUCGUCUCGCUGCAAGUGCGGACCGACCUGCUGCGCGUGCUCGGGCUGCUCGAGGUCGACGAGACGGUCCUCGGCUCGCUGCGCUCCUCGUCCCUCGGAAAGUACGUCCGCCUCUACUCGCUCCACAAGAAGGAGACCGCAGCGAACCGGCACACGGCGACGGCGCUCGCCGAGAACGUGCCGCAGCGGCGCGGCCAGACCGCGGAGGAUCUCGAGAGGAAGGCGAUGGCGCGCGUGGAGGAGGAGCGGGGGCGGCGCGAGGGGAGCUCGGCCUCUCCAGCAGCCGUUCGCAGAGUAAGUGCCGGCGGUGGGUGA